AUGUCUUCAGUAAAUUCUCAUUUGAAAGAAAAUACUUCUUCUUCUUCUUCAUCGUAUCAACGAUAUUAUUUUGGACCAAGUCGUCUUUUAACAAAACGAAUUCAUUUAAAAUCUUUUGAUGGAACAUUAGAUUUUACAAUUACAGGUGGAAAUGAUGUUCAACCAAUUCAAAUAGCUUCAGUUGUUUGGGCAUCACAAGCGUAUUUACAAGGAAUAAGACCAGGAGAUCAAAUUAUAUCAGUGAAUGGAAUUUCCUUUCAACAAAAUAUCAAUUAUACAAAAGCUUUACAAAUCUUAUAUUCAACAAAUGAACUUGACAUAAUAAUUCGAACUCUUCGUAUAAAUUCACUUGAUGCUACUUUAUACGAUUGGUAUGAUCCUGUUCAACAACGUUCAACAUCUCCACCACCUGGAUCUUAUCUUUCUCUUGAUUCUCAAUUACCAUAUUUUGAAAGAACAAUUCGAAUUCAAGUUGAAAAAGGAAAACGUCUUGGUUUAGUUAUUCGUGGUGGUGCUGAAUAUGGUCUUGGUAUUUUCAUAUCUGGUGUUGAUAAAGGUUCUUUAAGUGAUCAAGGAGGUCUUUGUAUUGGUGAUCAAAUCUUAUCUGUUAAUGGAAUUGAUUUUCUUCAUAUAACACAUACAGAUGCUGUGCAAAUAUUACGAAAUGUUGAUGAAAUGAUAUUUCAUUUGAGACAAAUUAAUAAAUUACCUAAACCAAAAGAAGAAAUUCAAUUGAAAAGUCAAAUUCCAAUGCGAACAAAUCGAAUCAUCAAUUCGAAAAAGAAUUUUAUUGACCAAAUUCUCAAUGAAAAUGAUCAAAUUUUAAUGAAAAAGAAUUUAAAAGAUUAUUUAGAAGAAAAAUUGUAUUUAGAUGAAUUUGUCAAAUCAUUAUUAGAAGUUUUACAUAAACAAAAUCAACAAUUUCGAAUUGAAAUCAUCGAUUCAAUUCGAAAAUUUGUUCGUUCGAAUGAUUUGGAUCGAUUUGAUAUUCAAAUUUUAAAAGACGAUUUAAACACUUUAAAGUUAUCACAUGAACGAAUUUUACAUCAAUCUGUGACACCGUCCCGAAUGUCAAUGUCUUCACCAAUGAAUCAUUUGUCAAAAUCAGUAGAAAAUUUAACAGAUGAAAAGAAUACACGAUUGAUUCGUCCGAAAUCGUUGAUAUUUAAUAACGAAAUGAAUAAACCAAUUGAAACUGAAUAUUCUCCAUUGAUCGAAAGAAGAUUUCAGCCGAUUUCCAAUUCCAAUUCUUUAAGAAAAGCCAAAAGUCUUCAUAAUCUUCAUCAAUCGGAUCAAUUUUUAUUAUUUAACAAAACACAACGAAAUUUAAAUCUUCAACAAAUAAACAUAAUCGAUGAUUUUCUCAAAGAUUAUUCUUCACCAUAUCCAAUCACAAUUCAUAAAAUUCGUCCAACAUUAGGUGUUGCCAUUGAAGGAGGUUUUCAAGAUCGAAUUCCUCUUCCAAGAAUUGUUUAUAUGCAGCCUGAUGGAUGUGCGUAUAUUUCAAGUGGUCUUCGUGUUGGUCAUGUUAUCAUUGGUGUAAAUGGAUAUUCAAUGAAAGGUUUAUUACAUCGUGAAGCUGCUUUAUUCAUUGCAUCGACAUUUAAAGAUAAAUCGAGUUCACAUAUGGAUUUAUUAGUUGUUCAACCAUUGAAUGAAUAA